CCCAGCCCCAGGCACAACCCCAGGCCUCUUUGGCGCCCUUCUCCAAGUUCGAGGAGAAGAAGACCAAUGAGAAGACACGCAAGGUGACCACUGUGAAGAAGUUCUUUAGUCCCUCGUCACGGACAGCCCCCAAGAAAGGUACUGACUGCCUGAUUGACUCUAUAAAACAGAAGACAGUUCUGCUUUCCCUUUGAUACGUUAAAGCCGGAGUUAUCUCAAUGGCAUUUCUCCAGUGCAGUUUCUGACACACACACACACACUCUUUCCAUCCCAGCGUAUCAGCCUAGUACUUGUCUCAUCAGCUCACUUCUUUGGAAGUGAUCCCCGGAGGCUCUAAAGCAGGGCAUGUUAGUGAUUUGAAGGUCUUCUGUGCCCACCAAGCCCAUUACAGCCUAUUAUAGCCUGGGUUAUUUAGUGAUGCCCUCUAUUAGCCUCACUGUUAGGCAAACUCCCAUAGCUCCUAUCUGUACAAUGGCCCCAGGGGUAUCGAGAACAAUGUGCAAACUUCAAAGUUCCUUUUAUUUUUGCAGACUUAAAUAUUUUUUUCUUCAUUCAAAAAGGUGCCCUAUCCCUCUGUCUUGAUUGUCAUUGACGCCUCACUCGUCGAGAUUGUGACUUUGUCUCAUCACAUUUCACUUUUGCUUUGCAGUAAUAGCUGCUGUGCACCAUUCUCUAUUGUUAGGUCAUGUUUUUAACUGUUUUCCAUAUCCUUUCCAAUCCCUUCUAUCUCAUUGAUACCCUCUCAUCAUAACACAAUGGUCCCAAACCAAACAAUCUCUCUCCUUCUCCAUCUUGUCUGAUCCCCUCAUUCCGUACUUCUGUCAUCGCCAGUGUUUGUUGAUUCAUGAAUUUAUUGUCGUCCAUUAUUCUCCAUACCCAUUCCACCUUCACCCACCUCUCUCAAAUCCCAUGUACCCAUUCUCUCUUGUAUGCCAUUCUGGUACCCUUUAUCCCUGUUUCCCGUGCCCUGUGGCCCCACUUGGCCCUACCAUCUCAUUCUCAGCCCCCACUGUGGGAGAGGAGAAGCUGACAGGCCUCAGGGACUGGAGAGGAAUGUUUACUCCCCCUUGGGAAAUGGGCUCUCCCACCGAAGAGAACCAGGAGGGCAAGACCCCCAGCCCCUCCAUCAGCCGCCAAUCAAGCAUUGAGACGGACCGUGUCUCCAGAGACUUUGUGGACUUCCUGAAGACCCUGCAUAAGCCUGGCCGUGAGGUCCACAAGCAGAGCCGAGCCUUCAUCGAGAUCAUGGCCAACAAAAAGGACUUGAGUGCUGACGAGCUGUCAGAGUGUGUCCAAGACUUCUACCAGAAUUUGUCCGACCGCCUCAUGACUCAUUUUAAAGGCUCUUCAGAGCGUGUGGAGCGAGUGAUGGACGAGGUGGAGAAGUACAUUAUGACACGCCUGUAUAAGAGUGUCUUCUGCCCCGAGACCACAGACGAUGAGGAGAAAGACCUGGCCACUCAGAACCGGAUACGGGCGUUACACUGGGUAGACAUUCAGAUGCUUUGUGUGCCAGUGGAUGAGGAGAUCCCAGAGGUUUCAGACAACGUGGUCAAAGCCAUAACAGAUGUCAUCGAGAUGGACUCCAAGCGGGUACCCCGGGACAAGCUAGCGUGCAUCACGCGCUGCAGCAAGCACAUCUUCAGCGCCAUCAAGAUCACGAAGAGCGAGCCAGCCUCGGCCGACGACUUCCUGCCCACCCUGAUCUACAUCGUGCUGAAGGCCAACCCUCCACGCCUGCAGUCCAACAUCCAAUAUAUCACCCGCUUCUGCAACCCCAGCAGGCUCAUGACUGGAGAGGACGGAUACUACUUCACUAACCUGUGCUGUGCAGUUGCCUUCAUCGAGAAACUGGACGCCCAGUCUCUCAACUUGGACCCAGAGGACUUUGAGCGCUACAUGUCGGGCCAGGCCUCUCCUCGCAGGCCUGAGGCAGACAGCGGCUGGCCCCAGGUGGACCCUCCUAGUGGUUCUGCCGCCUCCAGUCCCGCCCUAUCCCAGGUCUACCAGAACCUGGACCUCCUGUCUGGCCUGGGGAGCCGACAAGACAGGGUUCUGGAGGGGGUGCAGAGCCUACAGAGAGACCUGAUCACCUGGCAGGAGAGUGUGGAGCGAGAGGUGCAGGAGAUCCUGGAGAAGUACCCGCUGGAGAUCCGCCUGCCCACCCCCUCCGCCAUUGACUCAGACAACGUGGAAAACGACCGGCUGCCACCACCACUGACGCCCCAGGUGUUUGCUGGGUAAUGUCUCUGCAGAAUCGGAGGCAACAAAGGGCUUCUUGAACAAAUGACUGCGCCUCUCUAAUGUCUUGAGACGUCAUUGGCUCUUCACUUUGGUGAGGUUCAGGAAGUGGCAGCCCCCUCCUGUCUCCACUGCUACGCUUUUAAACAUUCUCACAUACUGUAAGCUUUGGUCCAUUUUGGCCCCUAGACCCUUUUCUGAUAGUAAGAUCUGUGAAUGCUAUCUCAGCCUGGUUAAAUUAAGCAUUAAUAGAUCAAAAGGAUGGACUAAGUUUGAGGAAAAGGGUUUAGGGACUGAAAUGAAGCCAAGCCAAAACAAUGCUCCUGCAUACACAUACUCCUUUUAGACCAGACCUCUUCAGAUGGCCUCACACUAUGUAUGGCGGAGUUGGCAUUCGGCCCUAGUCUGUAAUCCUCUACAACCCCGCUGCACAGACCCAGACGGCACAUCUUGAUACUGUAAGAUUACUUCUCCAGCUUGUAGUGCCGAAAGGGGUAUGUAUUUUUAGAUGGCUGCUGCUGAAUUUGGGAAACGCUGACUUCUGCAUCUUGCAGUAUGCACUCUGCAGAAUUGUAUAAUCUGCUUGCAUGUGCUUUGCUCCUAUCCUUCUUGAGUCUCCAGCAAGGGACCAGGGUGCAGGCUAAUUGUGCGCAAUGGGGGGAAAAGGGAUGUGUUUCAUCCAAAACCAAAGGUCUUAAGCUGGUUCUUAUGUGAUUAUGCCCCAAUGAGUGGUCUCAACUAAUAUUUGUAAUGGUAAUAUAGAGUGCUUAAUCAUCAGAAAAGUAUGAAUUAGGUAGGUAAGGUACUUUUAACUUCUCUCAUUAAUUUUAUAUCUCAACUAUGUGUCAGUAUAAGAGCCCUUACUGUAAGUAUUAAAGGACCUUUUUCCUGA